ACGCCUCAUUAUCUGCCCUACUUUACCUUGAGAUUUGUUGAUGCCAAGGCAGGCACAGUGCAAUUUGCAUAUAUUUGCUCCCACUCUCUUGAAGAGCAGUAAUUAGAAAGCGCUUAGAUCCAUUUCACAAGGCGAGAGCCUGUGAGCUUCACCUGUCACGUGGGCCGCAAAGAAGCUCGGCUGCACAAUUGAAUUAGCAUCACCCAGUGUUUUUCGCAGCGCUCUAGCUAAUGGGAGGGAAAUCCGACGCAGCCCUGGGGUAUAAAAAAAACAACCUGUUGAACGCUAUUCUGCGAGAUGUCGGACUAAGGACGUGUCAUAGUCAGGAGCGAUUCAGGCGCCGACAGUGCGGCGUGGGCCGACCCCAUGCAGCUAGACUUAAUUGUACGCCGGUGCCUGGUGCUACCAGCUGCCCUGGUGAUGUUUUCAUUACAACGCCAACCUCAAAGCCCUUUCGGAAACGCACGCCGAUUGUUCGACACCUCCGGAAAACAUUCGCACGUCGCGCCCGAGCCAUGCAGAGCUCUUCUAGGCCGGAAACUAACAAGGCGGCAUGAGGGCCUGGAUAAGGAGGGGAUUAUCUUAUUCACUUGCAGGGAGUUUGCGCGUUGGAAGGUGAGGAACACAGCCAUUGAGCGGCGGGAUCUGAUCCGCAAUCCCGUGCCUCUCAUGCCCGAGUUCCAGCGAAGUAUGAGGCUUCUGGGACGGCGUCCGUCCACGCAGCACUUCAUCGACACCAUCAUCAAAAAAUAUGGCACUCACAUCCUCAUCUCAGCCACGCUUGGAGGUGAGGAGGCUCUCACCAUGUACAUGGCGAAGAACAAGCUGGACCGGAAGAUGGUGAACGCCACGCAGGGGGUGGAGGCGCUGCACCAGCUCGCUUCGUCUUACUUCAUCGACCGAGAUGGCACCAUGCGCAAACUCCACGAGAUCCAGAUCUCCACCAAUGCCAUCAAAGUCACAGAAACGAGAACCGGCCCUCUGGGAUGCAGCACCUACGAUAACCUGGACUCGGUGAGCUCGGUGCUGCUGCAGAGUCCUGAGAGCAAACUACACCUGCAAGGUCUCCAGGUGAUUCUCCCCGAAUACCUGCAGGAGAAGUUUGUGCAGUCUGCUCUAAGCUACAUCAUGUGUAAUGGUGAGGGAGAGUACGUGUGCCGCAGCAACCAGUGCAUCUGUCAGUGUGCUGAUGAAUUCCCCCAAUGCAACUGUCCCACCACCGACCUGCAGAUCAUGGAGAACACGCUCCGGGGGAUGGCCGAGUCCUGGGCUGCUUCAUACAAGGACUUUGAGAACUCAGAUGAGUUCAAGUCAUUCCUGAAGCGUCUGCCCUCCACACACUUCCUGCCGGUGAGCAGUGUGCACUUGCUGUGGGGGAGCGACUGGGACCUGCAGGCUCGUUACCGGCUGCUCCAGAGCUCCCUCGAGGUCCUGAGGCUGAAGAUUCAGCGCACGGCACGUAAACUGUUCAGCCUCAGCAUCCGAUGUCACCACAACCCCAACCAUCAGAUGCCUAGAGAGAGAUCUGUUCUGCAGUGGCUGAACCGGGUGCAGUCAUUUCUCUACUGCAAUGAAAAUGGCUUCUGGGGCACCUUCUUGGAGAGCCAGCGUACCUGCGUGUGCCACACGGGCAUCACCCUGUGCCAGCGUCCGAUCCCGUGCGUGAUUGGUGGCAACAACAGCUGCGCCAUGUGCAGCCUGGCUAAUAUCUCUCAAUGCGGCUCAUGCAACAAGGGCUACAAGCUGUACCGCGGCCGCUGCGAGCCGCAAAACGUGGACUCGGAACGCAGCGAGCAGUUCAUCAGCUUCGAGACAGAUCUAGACUUUCAGGACCUGGAGCUGAAGUACCUGUUGCAGAAGAUGGACUCCCGCUUGUUCAUCCACACCACCUUCAUCAGCAACGAGGUGCGCCUGGAGACCUUCUUCGACCCGCGCUGGCGCAAACGCAUGUCCCUGACGCUGAAGAGCAACAAGAACCGCAUGGACUACCUGCACAUGAUGGUGGGCUUGUCCAUGAAGAUUUGCCAGAUGCGCAACAGCAGCAUGGACCCCAUGUUCUUUGUUUAUGUCAACCCGUUCAGUGGAAGCCACUCGGAAGGGUGGAGCAUGCCAUUCGGUGAACACGGAUACCCUCGCUGGGAGAAGUUACGGCUCCAGAACUCGCAAUGUUUCAACUGGACCCUGAUGCUUGGCAACCGAUGGAAAACCUUCUUCGAGACCGUCCACAUCUACCUGCGCAGUCGUGCCAAGGUGCCCACGGUCCUACGCAAUGACACCGGCCAUGGCCCCGUGGACCUCUCCGACCCCAACAAGCGACAGAUCUACAUCAAGAUCUCCGACAUCCAGGUGUUCGGCUACAGCUUACGCUUCAACUCCGACCUUCUCCGGAGUGCCGUCCAGCAAGUCAACCAGUCAUACACACAGGGGACGCAGUUUUACUCAUCCUCGUCCAUCAUGCUUCUGCUGCUGGACAUCAGGGAUAGGAUUAACCGCCUGGCCCCUCCGGCGGCACCCGGGAAACCCCAGCUAGACCUUUUCUCCUGUAUGCUCAAGCACCGACUGAAGCUUAACAACAGCGAGAUGAUUCGAGUCAAUCAUGCCCUGGACAUGUAUAAUACCGAGAUCUUGAAACAGUCGGACCACCUGACUACCAAACUCUGUUGAAAGUUCAGCGUUAAGGAACAAGUGAAUUUACUUCAGAGAGACACAAAGGAUUCUUUUUAUUUCCCUUUCCUUUAGGACUUUUUUUUUUUUUGCUUUUUUUGAUGUACUUAUUAACAACUUUGUAAGUGUAAUUGUUAAAUAAGAAACAAAAAAAAUUACAGAGAUAAAGCCUUUUAGUUCACUGCAGAAGAAAGAAAAAAAAAUGAACAUGACUGUACCAUAUUUGUCCGAGCAUGUCUGUCACAUCCAAAUGGAGCAUUAAAAAAAAAAAAAAAAGUACAUACAGUAUAUAAUAUAUAAAUAUAUGAAUAAAUUCAACAUCCAAUGAUGACAAAGAGGCCUUGAUAUUACUCAGAGGGAACAAAGGUCCAUCUGAAACUGCCAUUCUUUACCGCGUAACAUGUUUUUAAUAACCGAUUAGUGAUCCUUUCAAUUUGACGACUUGCAACGUACGGAACGUUUUGCUAGUCUUAGCUUAGCCGUUGAAGGACGACAGGAAGUCGUUAUCUGUACAGCGUUCCUGCAUAUUCUUUGCUCGAUCAUCCCUCUGAGUGUGCUUGGCAUGAUGUAAGGCAGUAUAGAAAACAUUCUCUCACUCAAAAACAAUGUUUAUAGCCUCCGUUUUGUUUGAUGCUAAUCACUGUUUGCUAGUCACUCAUGGCAUAUUUACAUUUUGAUUUUAUUUAUUUAAAUUUUUUAUUUUUUUCUUCCCCUCUCAUAUUGAGCAAAAGCUGAACCUGCAGCUUUUUUUAUGACUUUUUUUUUCCCCUGGACCUGAUUAUACCAAGUAUACGUGCUCUAAAGGUGAACAAUCGAUUCUAACACACACACACACACACACACACACACACACACACACACACACACACAAAGUAAAAAAAAAAUCAGCCUGUAACUGCUGACAUGUUCAGAAUUUUUUUAAUUAUGAAUUUUUUUUUUUUUAUAUUAUGAUUGCGAUUGUUUUCGAGUGCUGAGGUCGAACAAUUUCGAGUCGGUUACACGUGCAAGAGACGACAUAAAGCCAUAAUUCCCAGGGGAAUGAAAAAUAAAGAUAGGCUUGUACACAUUUAUUUUGAGAAUUAAUUCCUAUACAUGAGUUUGUAUAGUUUUUGCUUUUUUCUUUCUAUUAAAAAAAAAAUAAAUAGUCGUCCUCACUCGGAUAGGAAUACGACGAAGAUGACGGAGUGCUGCUGCGUAUUCCUGAAGCCAGAUGUAGAGUCAGUGUAAACGUUCAUGUUGUGUUCAGCUUCGUAAUCGAAUAAUGUAUAAUGUGCGCUUCUUUCUUUCUUUCUUUCUUUCUUUCUUUCUUUCUUUCUUUCUUUCUUUCUUUCUUUCUUUCUUUCUUUCUAUCUUUCUUUCUUUUUAUUUGGAAAAUGUUCCCUUUUUGUGCAUUUGUAGUCGAGAUUCUGUCUAUUUGAUCCCCAUGUCAUCCUGAGGAUUCAGAUUAUUAUUAUUAUUAUUAUUAUUAUUAUUAUUAUUAUUAUUAUUAUUACUAUUAGCAUUCAGUCUUAUUAAGUGCCUGCUACCUAUCCCUUUAACCAUUUUCCAAAAGGUUUCAUUGCAUUUUAUUUGCAUAAACUACUCCUUUCCCCCGAUCUUGUCUUUUUUUUUUUUUUUUUUUUUUUUUUGGGUCCAUCAGUACUGAAAAAGGGCAGACAGGAAGUUCGGUUCAUCCUCGCUGUAUUUUGCAUGUAUUUAAAGGAGCCUUGAGUCUCCUCCCUCGCGGAAAACACUUAAGAUGUAUAUUAAAUAUGUAAAUAGCUGCAUUGCCUUGUUAUAGCCAUACAAAUCGAAAGCUUUUCUUAGGUACACCGCCAUUUUAUUUUUUUUUACAGCCACGGCAACUCGAGCACAAGAUAACGGAAGGAUCGCGAGCCCCCCAACCCCGGUUAAUUUAUAUUUUUUCUUGCGCAGGAUGAAGAAGAUGAAAAAUAACAAGAGAAAUCACCAGCCGGUGCCGAACGCCACCCGAACCCUAACACCCUCCUCCCACCUCCCCGUCCGUCCCCCACCUCCCGCCGCAUACAAGCACAUGCGCUGUCCUUUCUUACGCCUUUUACAGAACGACAUGUGGGACUCGGGUCGUGCCGUCCGGUACGUCUGAUGAUGGGUCUGAUUGGCAAACAGCUUUCACUACCUUGUCUGUGUAAUUUCUGCUGUUCUGUUGGGAAAAAAAGAGAGAAAAAAAUAUAAUCAGCUUUCUUCAAAUGAAUGUUUCAUAUAAUAAUCUAUUUCUCAUUAAAAAUGCUAUAUUUAAUAAGAAGAGCCAUGCUUGUCUCUACCACUUCCCAGCAAGGUUUUCAUUGAUUGAUUGAUUGAUUGCUUUCUCUUUAAUUGAAUUAAUUCUAUUUGGGUCCUUAUUAGUGCU